GCUGUUCUUUGUAAAAACCACUGGAAAUUUACCAAAAACAAACUUGUAACGUUCUACGGUACCUAGAACACACGCUACUGAAACUUAUUCAUCGUUUUUUCCUUGCAAAGAAGGCCGUACAACUCCAAAGUCUGCAAAAUUCAAGGAAGUUAACACCGUCUUAGGAACACCAUCCAACUAAAUUCAUCAUGUCUUACGGCAAACAAAAUGGCGGCUCGUAUCGUGGUCGUGGUUCCGACAAUGGAUACGGGGGCGGCAUAAACCGCACUAGCAACGGAUUCGCAUCGGGAAGAUACAAAAAUGGUGGCGGUAACGGAGGUGCACGUUUUGGCGGCGGCCGCAACGGAAUCGGAAAUGGAGGCCUACCUGGAAACCGCCUCCGCAAGCCCAACUGGGACAUGAAGGAUCUGAGACCUUUCAAGAAAGAUUUCUACGUGCCACAUCCUGCCGUAGCGAACCGCUCCAAGUUCGAGGUCGACCAAUAUGGACUCUCAAAAGGGAUCACAGUUGAUGGGGAUGCUCCAAAUCCCAUUCAAAAUUUUAACGAAGCUUGUUUUCCUGAGUAUGUUAUGCAUGAGAUUCAAAAACAGGGGUACGAUGCACCCACGGCAAUUCAGGCCCAAGGGUGGCCCGUAGCGAUGAGUGGAAGAGACAUGGUCGGCAUUGCUCAAACAGGUUCGGGAAAAACUCUUGCUUACAUCCUUCCAGCGAUAGUUCAUAUCAACAAUCAACCCCCAAUCACCAGAGGUGACGGUCCAGUCGCUUUAGUUUUAGCCCCAACACGUGAACUAGCACAACAAAUCCAGCAAGUCGCUCACGAGUUUGGUAGUUCGUCGUACGUUAGAAAUACAUGCAUUUUCGGUGGAGCACCUAAAGGACCCCAAGCCAGAGAUCUGGAACGGGGGAUUGAAAUCUGCAUCGCCACUCCGGGACGAUUAAUCGAUUUCUUAGAAAAGGGUACCACAAACUUGCAAAGAUGCACAUACUUGGUAUUAGAUGAAGCCGACAGAAUGUUGGACAUGGGUUUUGAACCACAAAUUAGGAAAAUUAUUGAACAAAUCAGACCAGAUAGACAGACUUUGAUGUGGUCCGCAACCUGGCCGAAAGAAGUUAGGAAAUUGGCUUCAGAUUUCUUGAGGAACUACAUUCAGGUUACCAUUGGGUCGUUGCAGUUGUCGGCCAAUCAUAACAUUCUGCAGAUCGUCGACGUGUGUCAAGAACAUGAAAAGGAAACAAAGUUAAACAACUUGUUGCAGGAAAUCGGCAACAACGGCGAGCCGGGCACCAAAAUAAUCGUCUUCGUGGAGACAAAGAAGAAGGUAGAAAACAUAACGAGAACAAUUAGACGUUACGGUUGGCCAGCGGUGUGCAUGCACGGUGACAAAAGCCAGCAGGAGCGCGACUACGUCCUUCGAGAAUUUCGUAACGGAAAGUCGAGCAUUUUAAUAGCUACAGAUGUAGCGGCUCGCGGAUUGGAUGUGGAAGGAAUAAAAUACGUUAUAAACUAUGACUAUCCCAACUCUUCAGAAGAUUACAUUCACAGAAUAGGCAGAACGGGUCGAUCUGACUCCACGGGUACUUCAUACGCUUUCUUCACUCCAUCCAACUUCCGGCAAGCCAAAGAUCUGGUUUCUGUCCUCAAAGAAGCCAACCAGGUUGUAAAUCCGAAGCUCUCUGAAAUGGCAAACCGCUGCGGCGGCUACGGCAAUAAAGGCGGUGGCGGCGGUCGCUGGGGCGGUUACGGAGGCGGUUUCAAGGGCCGAGAAAACAGUGGACCGAGACAUCACCAGAGAUUUAACAAUGGCGGAAGAACCAACGGAUAUAGUAACGGAGGUUCUUAUUAAAUCAUGUGUGGACACGAGAGUGAGCUGAUCAAUUAUGACAGUAUUUUUUCUUCAGAUGCAUUCCAAGUGCGUCGAAUUUAGUUGCAAAUUGAACUUUUUAUUUAUUUAGUACAAUUCACAACAUAUUUAUUGAACGUGACCCGAGUGGUUUCUUAAUUUCUCUGUAGCAUUUAAGUUUCUCAUGUUAUUAAUUAAUGUUUGUAACUGUGAUUAGAAUCCACUUUUAGUUACGUUGGUAUAAUCUUGAACGUUUACAUUGUUGUAAUAUAAUAUUUUCAAAUUUACCUCCAGCAGUUCGUCAAAAUAAUAGUUGUCAAGAAAUAAAAAUGUGUCUUAUAAA